CUGGAGCCUCACUUGCUCACCAAUGAGGAAGUUGAAAGCGACCAGGAGAACGGCCGGCACUGGGGCGGAGCUCGCGGCGAAGUCCUGGGCUGGGAUGAGUGGGGGCAGGCUGACUUUCCCUACGACAAAAAGCCUUUUGUCCCCGGGAAUAAAUACGGAAGUCCCAGAGGAGCAGCCUCCCCAGUCCGUGUGUAGUAAGGUGCGCAGCCUCGACUGCCUCUGGGCAUAAAGCUCCGCGGACUUUUUACAGUUGCCCCGGACGCCCCAUCACCGCGCAAACCGGAAGGAGGGCUCGGGAGGGACCAGAGCCCGGCCAAGUGUGCUCGCUCCGCGACUGAGUCUCACCGGCGGGUCCUGCUGUUCUCUGUGCUGGAAGUUAAGAACCGGUGGAGUGGUGAAACUGAGAGGGCAGGGGGAGAUCGCAGAAGUGAGAAUCUGCCGCCCAGGGCACGGCUGGGACAUGGAGGACGUGGGUAACGCUCCGAAUGGCAGUGAUGGCUCGGAACCAGGACAACCCGAAGCCGGACUUGACGUGGCCCAGUCGAUCCUGACCAAGUUCUCUAUGAAAUCCCUGUUUGGGUUUACGAGUAAAUUGGAAUCUGUGCAGCCUGAAGAGGAAGAUGCGGUGCUGAAAGCCUUUCGCAGUUUGGUGGUGGAUCCCACGCCUCAGCUGGAGGAGCCCAGCAGUGGCUUGCAUCCGCCGGAGGCGGAGGCUCAGGUUCCACCUGACCUCGGAAAUGAUGGGAAGACUCCGAGGGUGGAGACAGAGACGGGGUUGGAGGGAAGCCGGGGAGAAGCAGAGGCAGGGAUUUCUCUGCCUGGUCAAGAGCUGCUUCCACUGGCUGCUUUGAGUGUGUGCAGAGACAAUGUCAUUUUGGUUCGCGGGACCCUGGUGAACACCACCAGUGAUUCUGACUCUGAUGAUGGAGGCCAGGAGCCAGAAGAGGGAAGCAACAUCAAUGGCCCAAAGUCCCCUAGUGGUGUUUUAUCUGAGCCAUCUGAGCAGUCCCAAGAAAAGCCAGGAGAUGGGAGGGAAAAUACUGCCACUGGAGAAAGGGGUGAUGCAGAGCCCAGUGGAGAAGGUCCUCAAAGGACUCUGCAGGAGAUAAACAGCAAAUUGGAACCCGAGGAUGGUGGCCUUCAGACAGAGCAUAGCCCCGGCCAGCGACAAGCUGGAGAAGAAGGUUCCAAAGUUCUACCUGUGGUAACAGACCAGAACUCAAGUGUUGGUGUCACUGAGAACACCUCUCCUAAAAAAGAAGUCCCUGGAGAGAAGUCCUUCCAGCUCCCAGCUUUUUUUAGUGGGCUUCGUGUGCUGAAGAAGGGAGCCCCAGCCGAGGUCGGGGAGACCAUCACUGAAAUUAAACCAAAGGACGGGGACCUGGCUUUGCUUAAGUUGACCCAGCCUGUCCAGAGGUCCCUAGCACAGGCAGGGCCUCAGGCAGUGAAGAUGGGAGAGAAAACAAAUGAUCCGAAGGCCGCUCCCACUCUCCUGGAGCAGCUCUCUCAGCUGCUCAACAUUGACGUCCCCAAAGCCGAAUCAAAGGCAGAAGACCCUGAACAGCCCAGGGGGGAGGAGAGGAGUGGCAGCACUCCCCAGGAGAGCCAGAGCGGCCCCGGAGAAGCCCAGACCCAGGGAGGAGAGGUCAAGCCAAAGCCGCCAGAGACUACCUUGGAGGCCUUUAGAGCCCUAUUCAUCCGUCCCCCCAAAAAGGGGACCACAGCUGACACCUCUGAGCUGGAAGCUCUCAAGCGCAAAAUGAGGCAUGAGAAGGAGUCCCUAAGAGCUGUGUUUGAGCGGUCGAGGUCAAGGCCAGGAGAUGGCCCCUCGGAUUCCAAAAGCCCUGACCACAGCCCCACUGAGCAGGACGAUAGGACUCCUGGCAGACUCCAAGCUGUCUGGCCGCCCCCAAAGACAAAAGACACAGAAGAAAAAGUGGGAUUGAAGUACACUGAAGCAGAAUACCAAGCUGCUAUUCUACACCUGAAGAGGGAGCACAAAGAAGAAAUUGAAAACCUGCAGGCUCAGUUCGAACUUCAAGCCUUUCAUAUCCGGGGUGAGCAUGCGGUGAUAACAGCGAGACUAGAAGAAACCAUUGAAAAUCUCAAAUACGAGAUAGAACACCGAUGGCGAGGAGGAUGUGAAGAGAUGAGGGAUGUGUGUGUCUCCACCGACGAUGACUGCCCUCCAAAGGCUUUCAGAAAUGUGUGCAUCCAGACAGACAGAGAGACUUUCCUCAAACCCUGCGAAGGUGAAGACAGGACAACCAGAAGUAACCAAAUAAUACCCAGAAAGCUGAAUAUCUCCUCUUUAAGCCAACUCUCUCCCCCAAAUGACAGCAGAGACACCAGUGUACCGCUUCAAUCUGCGGAAAGCAUCCCAUCGAGUCAGCAGAAGGCAACGCCUCCCGCUCCCCCUCCCCCUCCCGCACCACCCCUACUGGCAGCCAUCCCUCCCCCUCCUCCCCUCCCACCCGCACUUGGACCUUUGCCACUGGCACCUCCGCCACCACCUGUGAAUACUGGACCUCCCCCACCUCCGCCACCUCCUCUGCCUCCAAGUGCUGGACCUCCCCCCCCCCCCCCCCCCCCCCCACUUCCUCACUCCACCGCUCCGCCACCCCCAGGACCUGUGCCUCCACCUCCCCCUGGACUCUUCUUCGGAGUCAACCCUUCUGCUAGCCAGUGUCCUCGGAAGCCAGCCGUCGAACCCAGUUGUCCCAUGAAGCCUUUGUACUGGACUAGGAUACAAAUAAGUGAUAAGAGCCAAAAUUCUACACCAACCUUGUGGGAUUCCUUAGAAGAACCUGAUAUUCGGGAUACUAGCGAAUUUGAGUAUUUAUUCUCCAAAGACACACCUCAGCAGAAGAAGAAACCUCUGUCAGAGUCCUAUGAGAAAAAAAACAAGAUCAAAAAGAUCAUCAAGUUAUUGGAUGGAAAACGAUCUCAGACUGUGGGAAUCUUGAUAUCUAGUUUGCAUUUAGAAAUGAAGGAUAUCCAGCAGGCCAUUUUUAACGUGGAUGAUUCCGUGGUGGAUCUGGAAACCCUGGCGGCCUUAUAUGAAAACAGAGCCCAAGAGGAUGAACUCGUUAAAAUAAGAAAGUAUUAUGAGACAUCCAAAGAGGAAGAAUUGAAGCUACUGGAUAAACCUGAGCAAUUUUUACACGAGUUAGCCCAGAUCCCUAAUUUUGCUGAACGUGCCCAGUGUAUAAUCUUCAGAUCUGUCUUUUCUGAGGGCAUUACUGCCGUGCACCGAAAGGUAGAGAUCAUCACACGAGCUUCUAAGGGCUUGCUGCAAAUGAAGAGUGUGAAGGAUAUUUUGGCUCUCAUUCUGGCUUUUGGAAACUAUAUGAAUGGAGGAAAUAGGACUCGGGGACAAGCAGAUGGAUAUAGCUUAGAAAUUCUGCCCAAACUCAAGGACGUCAAAAGUCGGGAUAAUGGGAUUAAUCUGGUGGACUAUGUUGUGAAAUAUUACCUGCGUUACUAUGAUCAGGAAGCAGGAACAGAAAAGAGUGUUUUCCCCCUGCCCGAACCACAAGAUUUCUUUCUGGCCUCCCAAGUCAAAUUUGAAGACCUUAUAAAAGAUUUGAGAAAACUGAAGAGGCAACUAGAAGCAAGUGAGAAACAGAUGGCAGUGGUGUGUAAGGAGUCACCAAAGGAGUAUCUGCAGCCGUUCAAGGACAGACUCAAAGAGUUCUUCCAGAAAGCCAAAAAAGAGCAUACAGUGGAAGAAAGUCACUUAGAGAAUGCACAGAAAAGUUUUGAAACAACAGUAGGAUAUUUUGGGAUGAAGCCAAAGUCUGGUGAGAAGGAGAUCACACCCAACUACGUGUUUAUGGUGUGGUAUGAGUUCUGCAGUGACUUCAAGACGAUCUGGAAACGGGAGAGUAAAAACAUAUCUAAAGAAAGAUUGAAAAUGGCUCAGGAAUCAGUCAGCAAGUUGACAGCAGAGAAGAAAGUGGAGACAAAGAAAAUUAACCCCACGGCUAGUCUGAAAGAAAGACUGCGUCAAAAGGAAGCCAGUGUGAGCACCAACUAACACAGAGACACAGGAGAACAGUGACGGUGAGACGUAGUACUCUGCAUGAUCCUUUGUAACACCAGUGUUGCAAGAAGUUCUCGAAAGCUAUGUCACUAAAUGUUUAUUUUGCUCAUCUCUUUCUGAGCACCCCGUGCCUUCUUAAAGAAGUCCCUUGUUAAGCCAUAGGAACAAUGAAAAACUGCUGAAGAAGUAUUUGCUAACUGUUUCUUCUAGAGGUCCAAAGUUCGCUCUGUUAUGAGACCAGAAGAAUUACCAAGAUUUUCCAAUUUUUUUUUAAAAGCAGAGAUUUCAAGCUUUCUAACCCAAACCUGAUGUAUAUAAACUUGUGACAGAAGAAGAAAAGGAUGUUUUGUGACAGUUGCCUUGAGCAGGUUCAAGCCUUGGUCUUUACAUCCUGCUGGUUUGAUUAUUGAUCUUAAUUUUGAUCCUAUUGCAGCAAGAUCCUGGGCACCCUUCUCGCCAAAAAUGUUGAAACUUACCAAAACUACUUUAAGAGGUCCAAGACUAUUUAUUUCCCACACUCGAAAAACGGUUAUUUUUUCAUUGUUUUUUUUAAUGUAACAGAACAGAAAAUGGAAUUAUACAUGGAUGGAGGAGGGGGUUAAAUAGCCGUAAACUUCAUCCUGGAGAACAAAUUAGGAUACAGGGAGUUGGCAUCAGCCAUUUAGUGAGACCCAUUCUUUUGUUUUCAUAUCAGUUCAUUGGGGUUUCCUGGACCACUAGGGAUUCUCCACCCCUUCUGUCCCAGAAGAAACUGUGAUACCUGAGUGGGGACAGAUUUGAGGUCAAAGCACCUGCUUGGACAAGUGACCCAGUAUCACUCAGAGCACAUCUCACACCUCAAAUCAUCUAUGCGUGGAUAACACCUUGGUAACCUACAGCUGAGCUGUACACCGUGUUCUGGGACCGGAUGUGGCUGGACCUCUCCCACCAACCCCAGGAGGCAGUUUCUAGACAGGAGAGCAGAUGCUACUUGCAGCCCUUUUAUCAUGACCUUGACCGACAGGCAUGUGACGUAUGGUGAAGCAGGGGUUUUUUAACGUCAAAAAACAAACAAACAAACAAAAAAAAAACAAACUAAGGGCAGAAAAAGAGUUCUUUACAUCAAAAUGGGAAGAAGGUGAUUACAUUGAUAUUGAACUUUGAGUGGAAUAUCCUACGCAGGCAGCUUUUUCUGACCCUGGAAGCCCAUGCGACCACUGCCUCCUGAGUCACAGGGAAAACAAAUUGGACCUCUCUCCUAACAUUUCUUCCUUAAGCCACCACUCUUCUAGUCUAUCUUGUGAGGACAGAAGAGAGGAGCCUUGGGGUGAACUGAGAUGAAGAUCAAAGCCUAUCAGGUUUCAGCCUUGAAAGGAGAGAGGCCCAAGUUUUCUCCUCCAAUUGGUGGAGGACCGUCUAAUGAGCAGAAACUUUAAAACCCUUCCCCAUCCGCCUGCCACGUGUGGCCUGCCCCUUGCCCCCCCAUCUUCCCAGGGGCCUGAGUGUCUACCCAGGACAUGCCUGCUAGUCAUCAGCCCCCUCAGGGACCCCAUAAUAGAUUCGGCCAAUUAAAGCAGCACCAUAGUCUAAUAGAAUGCCCGUUCGGGGAAUCAAGGUUGCACAAUCAGGAUCAAAUCAAGUCAUGAAGCCAUAUUCAUGCAGGUGCUAAUCACCUUUUCUAACAGUUCAGAGGAAAGGAAUAUAAUAAUAUGGUUUGGGUUUUUUCCCCAAAAAAUAGAAGGAUGAGACAAGCAAACUAGCAGAGCAGGUAAGAACUUACAUGAUUAAAAGAAGUUGCUUGUGAGCGAGCUUAUCAUACUGCUUUCCUAGAUUGUUUCUCUUCAUUUUCACUUAAUGGUGAAGACGACCUAAGGAAUUCCUCGAUUUCAAACAAAUUCUACUUACAGCUACCCUGUGCUCUGUGACAGGCCUUCUAGUAUUAUCAUACAAAAGAAAAAGCACCUGUUUUGCCCGUGCCUUGGGAAUCAACUUUGAGUUUAGUGAGAAGAACAGAAGUCUAGAUCCUUAAUAAUGGCUCCUUAAAGACUUGAUGGGAGAGAACGGCAGGAGGCUCUCCGUGGGGUCCCUGUAGCCCACUUCAGGUCUCUACGUAGGAUGCUCACAAGAAAAUCACUGGAGGGAAGCAGGACUGUGGCUUUAUAACCCUAUAAAAACAUUGCUCUCAGGGAACCAGUGCUGAAGAAUAAUGAAUGGAAACACUGAAUUUGAGAGUUAGACAAAUGCAGCCCAGGUUGGAUUUCAUCCUAGUGGACAGACUAGAAAUUUGGCAGUCAAAUACCUAUUUCUAAAGAGCAGCGUUUGCCCACCUCUGUUGGGGAAACCUAGUGAGUCCAAUGUAGUGAUACUGUAUCACUACACUAGGCAGGAUCCCCAUUAUUCUCUCCCAGUUUGCAUCCUGCAUUAGGUAUCUGGACACCCUUCCCACGUCCACACGUGGACUGCAUUGUGACAGCACCCUCAUUUCUAACUUGACUUCAUGCUCGGUAAAGGUUCACAAGAGUGUGUUCAAGGUGGGCCAUCUAAAACAACCUGGAGGCCCUGAGAACAGUCCAUCCAAAAUGCAGUUGAGAUUGUAUUAACUCCAACAGGUGUCGCCAAACUUUUCAUGGAGAAGUAGUAGUUGGGGUACCACUUAGCAGAGUGGGCACUUCUGGCUGCUCUAAGCAUAGCCCUGACUGCACUAGAGGGACAGUGGCCAGUAUUUCUACUCUGCGUUUAACCAGACACUCACACCUGACCUACUAGUCAGACUCGGAGAAACCUUAACUUACAACAACAUCCUCUCUUCCUAGCCAAGCUGCAUUAAAUCCAAGGACACAGCAGAUAGCAGUUCAGAUUCCUGCAUGAGUAACUGGCAUGAUCAUCGAGCACACAAGUAUAUCAUAUAUGACACGAAAGCAUGAUAUAAACACGUUAGUUAAAAACAUAGGCCUGUGAGGUAUCAAUAGUCAAGUGAGGAGAAGGUGUGCUAUACGGUGUUUUAACCCAAGAAGAGGCAACUUAUGGGAGGGGGUGUGGUGAAGGGAAGAGGUGGCCAAGAAGAAAUGGAUGAUGUGUUGAUGGUCGAGGCCCAGGGGUCACAGGUGACGGACCUGCUGCCCAACAGUUACCUUUUGAAUCUUUGGUUGUUGUCUGUGAUACCUCUUUAAACAUUCAUUGCAACUACCUAGGAACUAUGAAGAGAGAAGGUCUGAAAUCUGGGAAGUAGAAUAAGGAAAUCCAGUGGUGCUCUUCCAUCUUUAAAUGUUCUAGCCGAAACAAAUUGGCAACAUCGUUGAGGAACUGAAUGCCAGAUUGGGUGCUGGUCUCUGACCCCCUCUUCUUUCCGGUAAGAACAGUAGAAGCUGCACGCCUGCUCAGCCUCCCUUAGGCACCUCCUUUUCUCAUAAGUACUAAAAGGAAAGGCAUUUCCCUAAAUGAUAAACUCCUAUGCUGCUGGUGGAGAACCCAGAAGAACUAAAGGAAGGAAUAAAACUCUUUGGUGGUAUUGGAAACCUCCAGCAACAUGAAGAAGUCAUUGGUAUAGUCCUUCCAACACCAUGAUUGGACAUAGCAAAAGAGACGUAAGUGUAUUUUUAGUAAAGAUUUGCUUGUUGGA